CGUGUAUCCAUAGUAAGAUCGAGCAUAUCCGGGUUAACCUGUAUCUGGGAACUUAGAUGGGGCGUUGGGUGAAGCCAGAGGUGUAUCCGCUGAUGGCUGCGAUGACCUUCGUGACGAGCUUGUGUUUGUUCCAGCUUACCAGGAACAUGUUCUUGAACCCUGAUGUCAGAAUCAACAAAUCUCAUCGCACCACUCCCGUCCUCGAGAACGCAGAUGAAGCUCAAAGGUACAGCCAGCACGGCCUGCGCAGGUUCCUCAGCCGACGUCCUCCGGAGAUCAUGCCAACCAUCAACACUUUCUUCUCAGGAAUCAAGAGAGAUGAGUGAGCCAAGGACGUCCAAGUUCUUGCUACCACCCACCACUGUGUCUUCAUGCGUGUGUGUAGUAUGUGUGUGCCAUGUUCUUGGAUUGCAUGUGGUUAAGAUUCUGUGGUAUGUUGCCGUCAAUGAAAACUGGAUGGAUUUUAGA